AUGUCAUUCUCCUCAGAUGCAUCGAGGUUUCUUGCUCAGUCGCAAUCUCGAAUAUCGAACCUAGGUCAAGACGACAACGAUCAACAACAUCCCGGCAGCCGUGGUCGGCAAUCAGAAUGGCCGGCACGGGGGUCGCGAUACGGACGGGCGUUUCUAGGACGGGGUCCGGGGAACCCAUAUCAAUCACAACAUGGAGGAGGGUCACGGUUUGGCGGCCUGAAUUUUGCGUCCCGAUAUUCCGCCGCCGGAGUACAAGAGGCACCUUUGUUCCACAGCGCUCGUGCGGACCUGGACGACGAUGAGGAGCGAGAUCGUGAACAUGCCGAUUUCUCCGCGCUGCAGAGGUCUCGGAGGGUUUUUGCUGCGAGUCGGUUAGACGAAAGCUCCGAAGUUGAAAACGACGAGAGCCGUGCUUCGUUGGACCAGAGCAGGGAGGACGCCGAACCUACGGAUGAUAGCAGGAUCUAUGCACAAAGAGGCCGCGCCAUGGGAAUCCGAAGCAGUUGGAACGGCACUAGGAGUGUCCACAGACGGGCCAAGGACCAAGAACCCACGACAGAAGAGGUAGUGGACGCAGACGGGGGAUAUCGGGAUCGACGAGCGUCUGACGAUACAUCAUCCGACGGCAAGGGUAGCAGCAGCAAGGGCAAAAUGGUCGACAUCGGGCUCGAAUCUACUACUUUUGGCGACAGUGAACCACCAGCCGAUCUGACAGUUGAGGGAUCUGUGGACCAAAGUCCACCUGCAUUUCAGCAAUUCAAACCUGGACGUCGGUUUGAUCUGCGGAGGGGUUCCGCGGGCGCAGAUUCUGAGGUUGGGCUUUUACGACAGAGCGUCGCGACGACAACAGCGGUUGAGGAGCCGAUGGCACCGCCAACAGACGGAGAGAUCUUUAAGCAUGACACUUUCUUUGCUUGGCUCUACGUCAUCGCCUUUGCUUCACUCUUCGCGACAUUCAUGCUCGUAUAUCUGCAUACGUCCACUCCUAGUCGUAAGAAACCCCUGGGGGACACGAUAUACACAACUCUCGUCGCGUCCUUUCACCUCUUGGCCGUCGACACGCUCGUUGCCGUCAUUGUGUCUUUGGUCUGGUUGGCGGCUCUUCGGUCGUUCGUCAGGCCGCUCGUCUGGCUCAUCGUUAUUGCCGUGCCCAUCAUCAUGUUUUCGUUCACGCUCUAUCCAGUCAUCUCGAGCUAUCAGGGUCGUGAUCAUGGCACGGGUUUUCAAGACGUGGUCAUGAGAUGGGCAUCCUUCGUGCCGGGAAUUUCGGCUGUUGUUUGGUGCUACAUGGUCUGGAAAGGGCGAGGAGCGUUGAUGUCGUCCAUGGAGAUCCUCGAGUUCUCGAGUCGCAUUCUGGCAGCCAACCAUGGCUUGGUAUUGGUGGGCAUGGCGUGCUUGGCACUGAUCGUAUUGUGGACUUGGAUGUGGCUUGGCAUGUUCACCAGGGUAUUCCUCGGUGGGUAUUUCUCGGGAGCUUCCUUUGUGUUGCAGGCGUCAACCUGGUGGCUUGCGGCCUACUUUGUCUUGAUGUACGUUUGGACUCUGUCGGUUAUCUCGGGUGUCCAGAGAGGUACCGCAGCAGCGACGGUAUCUCAGUGGUACUUUCAUCGGAACGCUGUGCCCAAGACCUCGUCAACGGAAGUUGUCUCUGCAGCAAUGAGCCACGCCAGCACCACCAUCUUUGGCACUAUCUGUCUGUCGACGCUUCUGGCGGUAAUAAUUCGCCUGCCGCUUCUCGUUCUGCCGCGUCGGCUUGCAGGGCUACUCACGCUGUUCUUUCACUCCUUUAUCCCGAUGUCCAUAGCGGCUCUAACCAACCCACUCACCCUCACGUACGCUGCAAUUCACUCACAAAACCUAGCUACAUCAGCCAGGGGCCUAAGCCAGCUUACUUUCCUGACGCCGAAUGCACCCACAACAACGCUGACGCCCCAGGGGUUCAAGGGCCACCACCGUGGCUCUACAGCACCCUUGCUCCCUUACAGGCUGGCGAAGCUGCUUCUGCAUGCUACCCGAUUCAUCAUGGCGACCACGCUUGGAUUUGCUGGCUGGGUCAUGACAGCGCGGCAGCUCUCGAUCGAGUCUGGCGGCAAAACUGGGUACAGAGGCAGCGCCUACGCCUAUGUGGUCGGCCUGGUCGCAUCCUUCAUCGGCUGGGGCGUCCUUGGUGCCAUGGAAGGUAUACUCAGCGGCAUUGUUGACGGAGUCGUCAUCUGCUACGGCAGCGAGACCAAAAUGUCAGCUGGCGGCGGAAGGUACUGUAUGGAGGCGGCGUAUCUCUUUGGUAGUCGGACACGAGGGAGGAACGAUGAGGUGUAUUAG